AUGGCAAAGACUAAGAAGAAGGCCAAGGGCUCCGGUAGCCAGUCCAGCACUCAUCACCACCAUCAAGAUUCGUCUACUUCACAUUCCAUCUUUAAAAACUCACCCGUUCAUGACCUUUUGCACAACUUUGAAAAGGCUCCAGACCAAUGGGCUGCCAGAUACGUGUUGGUUAUGACAGCCAUAUUGCUCCGUGCCGCUAUAGGACUCGGUGGCUAUUCCGGAAAGGCCACUCCGCCGAUGUUUGGAGAUUUUGAAGCUCAAAGACACUGGAUGGAGUUGACGAUUCAUCUUCCAAUUUCACAGUGGUACUGGUUUGACUUACAAUACUGGGGUUUGGACUAUCCGCCUUUGACAGCUUACCAUCUGUAUAUAAUCGGGAAGAUAGGGAGCUUCAUCAAUCCUGACUGGUUUCUGUUGAAUGCUUCACGUGGAAUAGAAGGAAGCGACAUCAAGUUCUUCAUGAGAUUCAUGAGUUUGGUCAGCGAACUCGUUCUCUACAUCCCAGCAGUUUUAACGUUAGCCAAUUUGAUGGGUAAGAAGUUCAACUUGAGCCGAAUGGACCAGAUCAUUAUCUCGUUAUUGACAAUUAACCAGGCCCAUCUUGUGUUGAUAGAUCAUGGUCAUUUCCAGUUCAACUCGGUGAUGUUGGGUUUCUUCAUCUACGCCAUGAUAGAGCUUAUAAAUUCGAGCUAUGUUAUCGCCAGUGUAUGGUUCAUUGGUUGCAUCAACUUUAAGCAGAUGGGCUUGUACUACUCGACAUUUAUUUUCGUGUUCAUCCUAAGCCAACUCAAGAGCUUUGGCCAACUUGUAGGAGUAGGUGUAACUGUGAUUCUUUCACAAGCUGUCGUAUUAUCACCAUUCAUCUCUGACCCUAAACAAGCACUCCAGAUCCUUUACAGAGUGUUUCCCUUUAACAGGGGCUUGUUUGAAGACAAGGUCGCCAACUUCUGGUGUACCACCAAUGUCCUAGUCAAGUACAGAGAGAUCGUAGCUCCCCAGACAUUGUCCAAAAUGGCCCUCAUUACAACUGUGCUAUCGAUUUUGCCAAUGAACAUCUUGUUGUUCAUCAAGUUGAGAAAGACCAAAAACGUUAUUCCUGGCUUGAUCUACGGAUUCGCCGGCAAUUCGUUAGCAUUCUACUUAUUUUCGUUCCAAGUUCACGAAAAGAGUAUCUUGAUUCCAUUGGUUCCAUCUACGUUGUUGCUACUUGUCGAUCCUUCGCUCAUAGACAUCGUGCAAUGGAUCAACAACGUCGGGACGUUCAGUCUCUAUCCGUUGUUGAAGAAGGACGACUUGGUUCUACAGUACUUUGUCAGCAACUUCUUGAUCAACUGGUUGAUUGGCCGCAAGUUGCUUAUGAAGAGUAGAAGUAUGGUGUGGGACUUGAUUAUCAAGGGCAGUUACUUGCUGUUAGUCGUAUAUCAUAUCAUCGACUAUACUUCAGAUCCGCCCGCACGUUAUCCCGAUUUGUGGGUGAUUCUUAACAUCAGCAUUUCAUUCGCAGCCUUUGCCUUGUUCUGGUUGUGGUUGAACUUCCGCAUCUACAAGUUGAAGGUCUAG